CCGCGCAGUCGUUCGCCUUCAGAGCAGCGCUGUAUCCCAUGACAAGACAUGUAGCUAAGACCCAGCUUCCCAGCCAUCGAGCCACUCCCGCCAUCCUCCGGCAGAGGCCUCGUCUGAACUCUCUGAAAAUGGAAACGAACCCAAAGGAGCUCCGACUCGAGCUCACUCUCGGCGAGCUCUGCAAGACCCUGGUCGGGACCUGUACGUCCGGUACCCUCUGCACAACCCUCCCGGUCCGAGAAGAUUUCGACGGGCUCCACAGGUUCGGCCCACAGUCCCAGGCCACCGUAGAGAAGUGGGAGAAGUACGGGAAGGAGUAUCCAUUCGGAACGCUGGUGAGCUACUUGUUGAACGAAGAAGGGCAGCCGUACAUGCUGCUGGCCAACAACGCGGCGCACACUCGCAACAUCAUGGCGAAUCCCAAGACGGCGCUGUACGUGCAGAACCCGCAGAGCCCGGGACAGAAGGGAGCGCGUGUGACGCUGGUGGGAGAGAUUGAGAAGAUCUCCAACCCGCAGGAGCUGAAGGACUGCAAGGAGUUCUACGCCGACAGAUUCCCGGACCAGGCCGAACCUCUCGAGGACGAUCGAUUCUCUCGCUACUUCACCAUGUAUAAGCUGAUCAUCAAGGACAUCUACUACGUGUCUGGCUUCGGAGUGACAACCUGCUGGGUCAACCCUGAGGAGUUUUCAAAGGCGCAGGCCGAUCCUCUUGCGCCUUUUUCUCAGGAGCUGCUGGACGAGUGGAAUAGGAAGAGACAAUCUGAGUACCAGGCCCUUGCCGCGGCUUUCUUCGGCUCCGAGCUCGACCUGGACGAUGUUGACAGCCCUCGCAUCACGCAGCUUGACAGGUUUGGCUUCGACUUUCGUUUUCGUUUCCCCAGAAAGGAUGGACAGCAUGACGGGCAGUACGACAUUCGCGAGUAUCGCAUCGGCUUCCGUAACCACGCCAUGUCGAAGGAGGAGGCUCAAAGCGCCAUGUUCAAGAUUUUGCAGGAGGCGUGGGAGAAGAUCAACGGAUACGAUGACGAGUGGGGUGAUUUGGAUAACCCCCCAAUGAUCCUAAAGAGAGCAACCGACCUUGAGGUUGCGCAACAAUCGAGCAAACCCAUGACGGUAACGGGAGCGCAACGGGACUAGAGAGGCGGGCUUGUUAAAAUCCACACCAUUUCUUAUAAACCAAAAUAUCCUCAC